ACAUAUCCCCAACUUACAUUGGAGAAUAGAGAAACAGAUAUGGUGAAGAGUAAGGUUCUUAUAGUAGGGGGCACAGGAUACCUGGGGAAAAGGCUUGUGAAAGCAAGCUUAGCCCAUGGUCAUGUCACCUAUGUCCUCCACCGGCCUGAGAUUGGAGUUGACAUGGAGAAGCUGCAAAUCCUUUUGUCAUUGAAAGAUCAAGGAGCUCACCUUGUUGAUGGAUCUUUUAAUGAUCAUCAAAGCCUUGUCAAUGCCCUAAAAUUAGUUGAUGUUGUCAUCUGUGCAAUCUCUGGUGUUCACAUUAGGAGCCACCACAUCCUUCAACAGCUCAAGCUUGUUGAAGCAAUCAAAGAGGCCGGAAAUAUCAAGCGAUUUUUGCCGUCGGAGUUUGGAACAGAUCCGGCGCAAAUGGGAAAUGCCAUGGAACCUGGAAGGGUGACAUUCGAUGAUAAGAUGGUGGUGAGGAAGGCGAUCAAUGAUGCCGGCAUUCCUUUCACUUAUGUAUCUGCAAACUGCUUCGCCGGAUACUUCCUUGGUGGUCUAUGUCAACCUGGGAAAAUUAUUCCUUCUAGGGAUAGUGUGGUUUUGUUGGGAGAUGGAAACCAAAAAGCAAUAUAUGUUGAUGAGGAUGACAUUGCAACAUACACCAUAAAAACAAUUGAAGACCCACGUACACUCAAUAAGACUCUCUACCUACGACCACCAGAAAACAUAUUGUCUCAGAGAGAGGUUGUGGGAAUAUGGGAGAAGCUCAUAGGCAAAGUGCUACACAAGUCUACCAUCUCCAAUGAAGAAUUCCUUACUACUAUGAAAGAAACAGGGCAAAAUUUUGCGGAGCAGGUUGGAUUGACACACUACUAUCAUAUUUGCUAUGAGGGUUGCCUUACAAAUUUUGAAAUAGGAAAAGAUGGAGAGGAGGCUUCAAGGCUUUACCCAGAAGUUAACUAUACAAGGGUGGACAAAUAUCUCAAACGCUACAUAUAAAAGUUUCUUUAGCUUAAUAAGAAGCUAUAGAUAAUAAAUUAUUUGGAGCCCACAUGUGUUCUUAAAUUAAAUAUUGAUAGGAUUUGGAAAAUAAUGUGCUUUGCAAUUAUUUUAAUUUUGUUGGUUUAUUCA